AUGUCAACUGUACCCCCGCAUCUCCUACAAACCCUGCUGCCCACAGUGGAUGCAGUCCAGAUAUCCUGUGCUCAGGCUCUGGGUUCCGAGGUUUAUGUCGGAUGUGCCAACGGUUCUUUGUUGCGAUACACUCUCCAAGUUGGACAUGACAACCAGGAUUUCAUCCGACCACCAGAAUCAUACACUCUAUCUUCUCGCCAAAACCUUCCCAGUGGGAAACCUAUCGACGAACUUGUUCUGAUACCUUCUCUGUCCCGCGCACUUAUUCUGUCUGAUCGACAGAUCCAUAUCUACACCAUCCCCUCGUUGGACCCCCUACCUGGCGCCAAACCCAUCCGCAACGUGGAGACUUUUGCAGUGGACCACCAGCAUCUGUUGAGACCACCACCUUCACCCAAUGACCCACCCACAAGAGCUCUGCCAGUCGAUUUUUGUGUCAUCAAGCGCACUGCAAUCGCGUUGUUCAGCAUCAGCGAAGAACGGUUAAUUCACCAUUCUUACCCAGAACAGGAAGUCCCAUUCCAACCAGGAGCUCAGCUAGCUCGACGAAUUGGACAUUUCCUCUGCGUCGCCGACACAGAAUACUACAACGUCGUUGACAUGCACAAUGCUCAAAUGUUUCCGCUUCUCCCGGUUAACCAAGCCGGGGACGCGGCUCCCGUGAAACCGUUCAUCUCAGUGGUCAGCGAGACAGAGUUCCUUAUCUUGUCAUGGACGGGAGCGUCCACGAUCGGAAUAUUCAUCACCGGGGAAGGCGAUCCAGUUAGGGGAACACUUACCUUUCCAAGCCAUCCGUUGUCCAUUUGUCUGGAUUACCCCAACGUUACGGCACUCCUCCCAAAUGGGUCCAUAGAGAUCCAUGAUGUCGAAACGCAAUCGAUCGUCCAAGUGAUCCCUCCGUCUCAGAACGAGCAACUGCUUGGGGAACGCGUCGGAGUCGUCUCAUCGACAGGAGGAUAUUUGGUGCCGUCACAGGAACAACUGGACAAGCUUCGAAAAACGAAGGUGAGGCUGCCAGUGCAUCCUGAGCCAGUAGAGCCCUUGGGUUGA